AAGAUGGUGGGCAAGGGUUUAGAACACAAGAUUGCCACAGCUGGGUCAAUCGCUGCAAGGUCACGGCGCCCCGAAAUAGUAACAGAAAUGCCAAUAUACCUCUCUAGAAACGAGGUGAAAAUUUGCAUGGAAGUUUGUAUCGUCUUGCAAAGUUGUUGUUAUUCUCUUCAGGGUGGUUGUUGUCGCUGUUGCGAAAAAUCGCUUCUUUUUGCAACUGCUGGGCCAAGCGAUUUCGAAAUAAAUAUUAGCGUUGAUUUUGUCGUUUUAUUUGACCUUUGACAUUCGUGUUCACUUAUUUGAACAUUGCUCUGCUGUUUUUAUUAUUAUCAUAAACUGAAAAAAAAAGCAUUCGAGCUUUCCACGAAAGGCAAAAUAGAGGCGGUCGUCAAUGAGAACGCCGAUAUUUCAUGAUUAUAUAAAAGAAAAACAGAAAUAUCAAAUUGUAUUAAAUUUCGGUUGGUAAUGUAAUUUUAUCUAUUCGCCAAAAAAAAAAAAGAGAAAAAGAACAAAUUUUUUGGUCAUAUAUGAUAAAAAACAGAGUGUAAAGUUGUUCCAGUCACAGAUUUAUUGUUAGAAACGAGUUGUAGGCAAAAAUGCAUUUUUGGAUUGCAUUAACUCUUGUGUUUGGCUUCUGUAACAUUAAUCAAAUAAGAGGUAGGUUUUCUAAUGUUCAUAGUAUUUCAACUAAUCCCCUGGAAAAGUAACCAGACUGUAUGUAUUUCGUCACACAAUGACACCUGAGAUAAAUAUGAAAAUCACGUUUUUGCAGGACAAUGUCCGGAUAUAAAUAUUACUCCGAACACUCUGCUCUUCUGUAGCAAUACAACCAAUGAAGGGAGUGAUUGCGAGGUAGAAUGUCAAGAAGGUUACAGGAUGAUGCCACUCAGUAGUGAUCCUCUUCAAGGGUUCGUCAGCUGCCUGGAAACUGGAGAAUGGGACAAGAAUUUUCCAUUCUGCAUGCCUGAUUGUCCCCCUAACGCUAAAGCUGAUGUCGUAUUUCUGAUUGAUUCUUCAACUUCAAUGACGGGAACAUCAUUGGUCACGUUGAGAACGUUUCUCCGUGAAAUGAUCGGUCAAUGGACGAUUUCAAGCCAAUUCGUCAAUGUUGCGAUUGUACCAUAUCAUACUGAGAUAGCAUUUGAUGACGUUAUCUUUCUUCCUCAAUUUGCAAACAACAAAGACGGACUGCUCGCAUCAUUGGAAGUGAUAACAAACAAUAGACCAGGAUCCUUGACUGGAAACGCAUUAGAAUAUGCGCGUUCCGUUGUGUUGUCUGCUGAAAACGGAAAUCGACCAGAUGCGCCCGAUAUUGUUAUUGUUAUGACCGACGGACGAGGACAAGACUCAAUUGAUGUGCCAUUACAGAGGCUCUGGGCAGUUGGGGCAACCACAUACGCUGUUGGCUGUAAUCCAAGACAAAGAUUAUCAAUGUUGACUCCUCAACUGAUGAAAAUAGCUCAGAAUAAUUCAGAAAGAAUGCAUUUGACAGAUCGAUCUUCAAUGGGAAAUAUUGAUGUGAUGAUGCAUGAUAUGAAAAAUGUGUAUUGCCCUCCGGACGAUUUUUGCACGCCACCAAGAAGAAGUUUGAAAAAUGGAGUUGUAAGAUGCACUGAUGAAAAUCGGGUGUCAUCCGUCUGUACAUUUGAAUGUGACGCUGGGUACACUGUUUAUCCUAGAAACGUUGUAACAAACAGAUGUCUACCUUCAAAAAAUUGGAAUCGACGGGCACCUUGUUGUACAAGACCUUGUCCUCCUAAUGCAAAAAUGGAUGCAUUUGUAAUACUUGAUUCAUCCUCAUCAGUUGGUGAUGAUAAUUGGAAAAUAAUGAAGAGAUUUAUUCGCGACAUCCUAGGGUCUUUUACAAUUGCUGAUGACGCUACACAUUUUGCCGUUGUUCGCUACAACCGUUUUGUCGACACUACAACACAGAUUCAGUUGAAUGAUUAUCCAAAUGAUAGAGAUGCAUUACUGUCGGCAUUUGACGCCAUACCAUAUGAUGGUUCUGGCACUAGGACAGGCCAAGCAAUUCAGCACGUUGUAGACAAUAUGGUUCCGGUUGGUAAUCGACCUGAUGUGCAGGAUAUUGCUAUUGUCGUCACAGAUGGAAAAUCACAAGACAAUGUACUGGAACAGUCUAAACAACUAAGAGAUUCGGGAGCAUUUGUGUUUGUCAUCGGCAUUAAUCCACCAAAAGGUAAACUUGAUGAAGGACAACUUCGUGAAAUAGCUGGGAAUCCAGACAAUGUCCUAAUUGCUAAAGGGGGAUUCGAGGCACUGAAUGCAGAAUUCUCUUUGCAGAUCACAGAUAAAGUGUGCGGAAACCCUUGCGAUCGCUGAAAUGAACCAAUUCAUGCUUCAAUUAACCACAGCUUCGACGAAAUACAAGAAAAUAAAUAGCAGAAGAUUUAGGUUUUACUGAUUUUAUAUACAUAAUCAGAAAUAUAUCGAAUCUAACUUUUCAAAUGAGGAUCUGUUAUUGUCGCUCUUCUCUCAUGGUAUCAUUUUAUGUAAUCAUAUGGUGUAUUAAAUAUUACGGUGAUUCUCGUGUUUA